AGUACAGUACUACCAGAGUGUUUUGCUACACAUUGAUGCUUCAGCUUCGCUUAACUCUAAUGCACACUUGAACUGUAUAUUUUUAUCACAGAGGAAACUACAAAUCAGACAGAAUGUUCUUUGUUGCCAUCUUUGCUCUUCUUGUAGCCUCUGCUUUAGCUGAUGCCCAGCCUCAGUACUAUUCCUUCUCCACACCAGUGGGCUCAGGACGCGGCAACCCGUACACUAUCACUGGAGAGGGAGGGAUCACAGCUGUGAGAGUGUGGGAGUCGUACUCUAACUACAUAAGAGGCUUUCAAUUCCGCUACGGCUUCUUGUGGUCUCCCAUUGUUGGCUACCAAUACGGCCAGCCCCAAGAGAUGGAGCUGUUUGAAGGCGAGGCCAUCAUCCAGAUUUCUGGAAAAUAUGCUCACUACCUGCAGUCAGUGGUGUUCACCUCUAACAGGGGUCGCACGCUGUGUGCAGGCCAGCCCUCAGGCCACUCCUUCAACAUGUACCCCACCCACAGUGAAGCCGAGCUGCGCUUCAUCAGCGGCCGGGUCCAUGGAGCCAUCACCUCCAUCGGAGCACACUGGGCCAUUGUAGCUCCAGCUGUAAACGGCACUGCUGGACACUGAGGAGGAGAACAAAUAGGAGUUUGUUGCCAACAUUUGGCCAUUAAUGAGAUAACAAAGCUUUCAAAAUUUCUAAACAUAAAAAUAAUAAUUUAAUCAAAGGUACAACAGUGUAUACUCUGUAGUAGUAUUUUCAUAAGUCUCUGAAAUGAUAAUGUACAACCAUACACAUAGUUAAUCAUUCCUGAUAUUGCCUUGUGUUUUUUCUUUGAUCUUCUGUUGGAAAAUUGUCAUUUUAAUUUAUAAUGUGUCUUUAUCUUAUGUCUUCAUCAGGCCAGUGCAUUGUAUGAAACAUACAGACUAUUAAAUAAAGGAAUAAUGUACAGGAUAGUAAUGUAUCUUUAUACAGUAAUGUAUAAAUAGCUGAAGGUGACAUUUUGCUCCCUAUUUUUGUUGAAGAUCUGUGGUCCCUGAACUGGAGCUAAAAAACUCUUUAAAAAGUGAAUUUUAUUAAAGUAGUUGGGAGACAUUCACUUUCUAUAUGAAUGUAUUUUCUUCAGUGGAGACAAAAUACAAGAUGGGUGUCCUAGCCUCUUGAAGCUGACGUAAUUUGACUAAAAGUCUAUAAGCCUCGGUUUACACAGUAGCAACAUUAUAUUUAGCUAGCUGUCAUACAAAGAAUGUAACACUCUCUCAAAGCACAGGCUGCCCUGCAGGACCACAACCAUUAAAUGUCAGGUGACAGUGUUUUGUGUGAGACAGUUAUUGUUCAGGGAUGUUUUUUGUUGCUGUUACCUUCCAUUUUUGAUGAUGGAACAGUUUAUAAUGCAAACAAUAAAAUCAGAAAUUGACUUUCA